CAUUGGUUUCAUUAUCUCACAUGCGCUGUCACAUAAUUAUAAAGUGGAAGUUUGAGUUGGUUGUCAACUUGAAAACCCAGGCUAUUGAAUCGACUACAGUAAAGCUGAUAGCUCUCUCCAGUCCUGUUGUCACGCUGAAGAAGUUACGCACAUUUACACUGGGGGCUGUCCAGUCUAGACUUCCGCUGGAGCCCCGGAGCAGCACUACUGGAGCAGCGGGGUUAAGUGCCUUGCUCAGGGGUAACUACAUGGUUGUUGACGGGAGUCUGAAGAGCGAACGGAGAGAGAGACAAACCCACCCCCAUAAAACUCCCGUGGAUUCGAACCACUGACUUUCCUGUUAUAGUUGCCGCUUCUCAAACAGUCACACCGGGAGACCCCCGUAUGCCCCUGAGUAACUCGUACUCUUGAUUCUCCUUUAAAUUUCCUCCGUGGCUGGGUACUACCUCUGCCACUACCAUCAGCAGCAGCAGCGCUGCCUCUUGAUGUUGUGGUCGGGAAUACGCAUGCGCCCGGCAUUGGAAUUACUGCACUGGCAAGAAUAAGUUGGAUCUCGACUGUCUUCACUAAAAGAAAAAAAAAGACUAAAUAAAAGUAUGGCAGUGUUCAGAAUAAGAAGAAUGAGGUGUUUUUGCGUCUGGUUGUUCCCCCUCGUAGUGGUCGUGGUGUGCGCCCAAAGUGCCGGUGUCAAUGACCCUAGUAAUAUGUCUUUGGUUAAAGAAACGGUGGAUAGACUGUUGAAAGGUUAUGAUAUACGAUUGAGGCCAGAUUUCGGAGGUCCACCGGUUGGAGUGGGAAUGAAUAUAGACAUAGCCAGCAUAGACAUGGUAUCAGAAGUCAAUAUGGACUAUACAUUGACAAUGUACUUCCAGCAGGCCUGGCGAGACAAGCGGCUGUCCUACUCUGAGAUUCCCCUCAACCUGACCUUAGAUAACCGGGUGGCUGACCAGCUCUGGGUACCUGACACCUACUUCCUCAAUGACAAGAAAUCGUUUGUCCAUGGUGUCACAGUGAAAAAUAGAAUGAUCCGACUGCACCCGGACGGUACAGUACUGUACGGUCUAAGGAUCACUACCACCGCUGCUUGUAUGAUGGACCUGAGAAGGUAUCCACUGGAUGAGCAAAACUGCACACUGGAGAUAGAGAGUUAUGGUUACACGACAGAUGACAUCGAGUUCUACUGGCGAGGAGGAGACAAUGCUGUGACAGGGGUUGACAAGAUUGAACUGCCCCAGUUCUCCAUUGUGGAUCAUAAGCUCAUCUCCAAGAAUGUUGUCUUCUCCACAGGUGCUUACCCUCGUCUGUCCCUGAGUUUUAAGCUGAAGAGAAACAUUGGGUACUUCAUCCUGCAGACAUACAUGCCUUCUAUCCUUAUCACCAUUCUCUCCUGGGUGUCCUUUUGGAUCAACUAUGAUGCUUCUGCUGCCAGAGUGGCUCUAGGUAUUACCACGGUGCUCACUAUGACUACCAUUAACACCCACCUGAGAGAAACCCUCCCCAAAAUCCCCUAUGUUAAGGCCAUAGACAUGUACCUCAUGGGCUGCUUCGUCUUUGUCUUCCUGGCUCUGCUGGAGUAUGCACUGGUAAACUACAUUUUCUUUGGACGGGGCCCUCAGCGUCAGAAAAAGGCAGCUGAGAAGACAGCUACAGCCAACAACGAAAAGAUGAGGAUGGAUCCAAACAAGAUGGACGCACAUGAAAACAUCUUGUUGGGCACCCUGGACAUCAAGAAUGACAUGGGAGUUUCAGAGCUGGCUUUGGGUCUGAACGACCCACGGAAUACCAUGCUGACAUACGACAGCUCUACUCUGCAGUACCGCAAAGCGGGGCUGGCCAGGCACAACUUUGGCCGAAACACACUGGAGCGCCACAUGACUCAAAAGAGGAGCCGACUACGGAGGCGAGCCUCACAGCUAAAGAUCACCAUCCCAGACUUGACUGAUGUAAACUCUAUUGACAAAUGGUCAAGGAUGAUCUUCCCAACUGUCUUUUCCUUUUUCAACAUUGUUUACUGGCUUUACUACGUCAAUUAAAAGAAAAAAAAAGGGACAUCAGUGAAGGCAAGAACAAACAGCAAAAUAUGUUGCUCAUUUCUUGUUUGUAUCUGGUUUGUUUCAUUUUUUGUGAUCUUGUAACACUGGACUUAAUUACUAUAUUCAGGACUGGAUCCAUCAUAUCUUGGAAUACCACAUUUGCUGGCUAACACAUGAAAACCUUAUAGAAGAGAGAUUACAAACAUAUAAGGUGCCUGUUUCGAAGUCAUUGUUUAGAAUUUUACACAUUUUGUGAAUUGUGUUUCUUUGCAUAUUUUUAAUGUUUUUAUUAUGUUAGAUUUACAGUAUAUAUAAUUCAUUGCCAAAUGAAUAUCAAUUAUAUACAAGUUGACAUAUUGGUUUUAAAUGUACUUUCACUGAGACUGCUUACAAGUGCUGAAGGAAGCCUCAGGUCAACUGGGUUUUCUAAGAUAAAUUAUGUCAAGGAAACAAAAUCUCUUGCUAACAGAAUUAAUUUCAUACUUAUAUUAUAAGGGCCUGCAGUUCACAUUUUACAAUAUCAUGUAAUGUGAAAGAAAUUUCAGAUUCAACCUUUUUCUACCUUAAAAUAUUGGGAGACACUUUAUAAUUUAUUUCUAAGCAUUUUUCAGUUCAUAAACUAUAUAAUAAGGUGGCAUUAAAUAUUACCAACUAAGACCAUUCCAAAACUUCCAGAUUUUAAUUCAGAGUGUUCUCAAGAAGCUGAUUGAAGGUAAAAAAUGAGUUAAUGUAAAGAAGCAUAAAGAUAAGAUAUAUAUGUGAAUUUUCAUAAUUUUGUUUUAUCCACUGUGUCAAACUGAUGAAAUAGAUAAAAGAACAGAGAGAGAGAGAGUGAGAGAGAGAAAUAUGUCAGGAGAAAAUAUCAGAUAUUUGUCUUUAGCCAAAUUGGCUUCAGUUACUCAAGUAUUAUCAUUAUUGUUAUUUUUGAAUUUUACCCCAAGGCACAUGUGCACAAUAUGUCUUUGGGGAUGACUGUAUCUGAAGAAACUAGUUUAGUUCUUAAGCAACUAUAUGUAAAUAUCACCUGUAUAGCAUUUAUUGUAGAGGUAAUAUGACCUACAAAAUUCCCUUUUCAGCUCUCUGUUCACAACUGCUAUAAGGGCACUUUAUUAUCCAUGGCGAUUCUUUUGUGGUUUAAGGAAAACAUAGAUGGCAAAGCUAAAAGGACUCUUUUGGUCCACUGAAAGGCCAGAUUGCAUAAAAAGCACAAAAACCAUAAAAUGUUAGCUAUUAACACUAUAAUUUUAUUUUAUUUAAAUUUUUUUAGUGCUGAUCAUUUUUGUUCUUGUUGCCAAUAAGUCUGUAUAUUGUAUUUGCCUCCUAAGUCAGAUUUAUAUAAUUAUGAUAGGUUGAGAACCUUAUGCAUUGUUUCCAGAAUGAAAAAUGGGUUGAUGACCAUAAAGGAAAAGAUUAACUUAUUACAGAUUAUUACAGAUUAUUUACAAAUGAUGCAGUGCUUUUGGCUGUAUGUACGCAAAGUAAAUUUUAUAAAACAUUUUGCACACAAAUUCUUAAAAGCCAUAUUGGCUGAACCGUAGUUCUUCUAAUACCUGGUGCUUAUGGAGGCUGUAUUAAGAUGAACUUCAUUGAUAUGACUAUGAUCACAUUUUAUGUUCCACCAAGAUUAAAAUGUAAAAAUACAACUGGGGCUGCAGUACACAAGAGUAUCAUAUCCUGCUAUACUCCUCCCCAUAGAUUUGCCACAUUGUCCAUAUGAAUGAACUCUGUGUAUACAGAGAAGAGGCCAUAACACCAAAGUACCAAAUCAUAUAUUUAAGAGUGAAAUGCAAACUGUCUCUCAGAAUUCAAGUCAGAGGAGCCAGUGUGCAAAGUUGAUUAGUUUUGCUGUGAGUGACAAAGGCUCUUGUGAAAUUCUAAGGUAAUUCCAAAAAUCACACUGAAAUGAGGCCUGGUAAAUUGAGCCUUUUACCCCAUUUACACCUGGCAAUCCAUAGCUGGAUACAUUAUUUGGAUAAGGAAUGCAUUUCAUGCAUAUGCAUUUUAAUGCAAGGGAUAAAUUCAUUGGGAUAGGAAUGUGAUCAGCUUAGCAAGUCCACCUUUGGAGGUGGUCAGGCUCGCAUUGUGAUCGAUCUCAAUCUGUGCAGCAUGACCACAUUCAUCGGAAAAGAAAAGUAGCCCAGCAAACUGAAAGGUCAACUACCUCUACCUCUUUGAGAUAGCUUAAGCAAGCCCUGCAAACGUAGCUAGCAAGUCUUCUCCUGCAUAAAUUUGAUUUUGAAAUGAAUGAUGUUUGUUCGUGGUAUUGCUUUCCUUGAUCUGGGAUGCACCAUUUGUAUUGUCAAGUCUGCCAGUCAUUGAGAUCGAGUCACAAAAUGGGCACAAUUAAGAUAACAAGAACACAUUUUAAAACCAUACUGGUAUAAAUGCUAAGACCCAUGGAUUGAAUGUCAUUAUCCAUAUGAUGUGUCAGGUGUAAAUGGGGUCUUUAUCUCCUUUGUCUCACAUGCUUCUUAUGAGUUCACCUAAAACAACAAGGACCUAACUCAAAGGGUUAAUUUCUUCUGAUCUGUCAUUCAUUUUGACUGUGGAUGUGUGAGUGAAAACAUUAGUGGAUUAAAACAUUAAUAUUCUAAUUGUCUACUUAAAAUGUAGCCAUGUUUCACUGCAUGCUCUGUACAGUAGUAACUCCUGAUUUUUGUUUCUCACUCAAUUGUUUCAUUUCAUUGGUGCUUUUUGUGUUUUUAAGUCACCUCAUAAAUAAGCAUACAUAAGUAUG